AUGGUGUGUGAUAUUCCUCUGUAUGACAUAUGUGACUACAACGUCUCCAGAGACCGAUGCAAGGAACUCGGGUGUUGCUUUUAUAAAGACGUCUGCUACGAAAAGGCAGUUCCCAUUUAUGUGCAAGUAUUCUCUGCCUUGAUCGUGAUCAUCUCCGGGGCCUUUAUUAUCACUAUAAUUUACAGAGUUGUUCAAGAGAGUAGGCGAGAAAAGGAAGUCUCUAAGAACACAAGUUCACCAGGCAGUGAUAAAUUCCCAAACAGUGGUAAGACAUCUCAGGAGUCAUCUGUGCUGACAGGACAAAAAACGUCAUCCUCAGGAGAAACGGAAAUAUUAACAAUAUCACAAGCUGAAGAAUCGGAGGGAUGAAAUGUAUUAUAAGGAGCAAAGCCUGAUGGAAUUACCCAAAUGAAAC